UGAGGGCGCUCGCGGCGCGCGCGCGCGCGCGACCUCCUGGUGUUGCGGCGACGGCGGCGGAAGAAAAUAUUAAGAAAUGGCAGAGGCUGUCUUCCAACCCCCAAGAAGGAAAAGAAGAGUUUUUGAAUCAUAUGAAUCUCCCUUUCCUGUGGAUAUAGAUGGGAAGGAAUUCAGAAUAUACCAGGCUGAAAUUGUUAACAACAAUGUUAUUGUGAGGAACCCUGAAGAUAUUGAACAGCUAUAUAGCAAGGGCUAUUUUGGGAAAGGUAUUCUUUCCAGAAGUCGACCAAUGUACAGCAUUUCAGAUCCGUUACUGGUUACAAAGUGGCAAGGUGCUAACAUAAACUUGCCUGUAAUUGCAUCAAAAAAGUACCAAUAUCAUGUUCAGUGGGCUAAAAGUAUUUUGCAAGAGCAAGGAUUUGAUGACUGCUCAAUUACCAGAAUUCUUGAAAACUACACUCAGCCUCUUGAGUUGCCGUUUAUGAAAAAUGAUGGAGCUGAGCAAACUGGUGAUUAUUGCAACAGAAUGGGCCCAAGUACAGAAAAUGUAGAGCUUUCUAGACAUUCUUCUACAGAUACUGAAAAUGCAGCAUCUCCCAGUCAUAAAUGUCAUAAUCAGAAAGAAAGCUGCAAGAAAGCCUGUUUGGAAGGAGAUUCAGCUUAUGAUCCUUUGGCCACGUGUGACUCUAAAGAACAGGAACAAGUUGACAUGAAAGAGAUAGCUGAAGUGUCCUGCCAGAAGUGCAGUUUUCUUAUGCAUUGUGGCUGCAAGGUGAAGGAAAGCACUGAACAAACAUCUUGUGAGAUGGUCACGUCAAAAGAAUGUGCUCCAGAAUAUGUAUUGGUGCAAGAGGAAGAAGAAAGUUUAUGCCCUGAAGAUAACUCUGCUAGUGAGCAAGAAAAGUUUAUCAAGAAGGAAAAACUAGUAUGCAGAAGAAAUCCAUUUAGGAUUUUUGAAUAUUUACAACUCAGCUUGGAAGAGGCUUUUUUCUUGGUGUAUGCUCUAGGAUGCUUAACUAUUUAUUAUGAGGAGGAGCCUUUAACUAUUCUGAAGCUAUGGGAAGUUUUCAGCGAAGUGAAGCCUGGUUUUAAAACUACGUACAUGGCAUAUCAUUACUUCCGCAGCAAGGGAUGGGUCCCCAAAGUUGGACUGAAGUAUGGAACCGAUCUCUUGCUGUAUCGAAAAGGUCCCCCCUUCUAUCAUGCAAGUUACUCUGUCAUUGCUGAAUUAGUUGAUGAUAAUUUUGAAGGCUCUCUUCGGAGACCACUCAGCUGGAAGUCCUUGUCUGGUUUGAACAGAACAACUGUUAAUGCUUCUAAGGAACUUAUGUUAUGUUAUUUGAUUAGACCAUCUGAUAUGACUGAAAAAGAGAUGUCCACACCAGAAUGUAUGAAAAGAAUUAAGGUUCAGGAACUGAUUGUAACUCGGUGGGUUUCUUCUCGUGAGCGCAGUGAGCAAGAUGAAAUUUAACUGAAUGCAUGGUGAAGAAUUUAAUCUGUUUAAAACAAUUUCUGUUUUGUUUUGGUUUCUUACACCUAAUCUUCUUAUGAGGAACUGCCUCAGGACAGUUCCUAUUAAAAUAUUCAAUGGGUGUGUAUGAAUGCUAUUAAAAUCAAGGCAUGUCCUGUUUACUGAAGAGAAUGUUGCACUGAAAAACAUAACUGAACUACAGUGAUGCAUAUGAAGGGGGGAAAAUAAAACUGUUU